AUAGAAGUACCACUACGAAGUUCAACUAGAUAAUAAGAUAUCGAAUCACUGGGCUAGAGAUCAUUGUUCAUCAAUUUUUAUACUCAAAAUGUUUUACAGUCACAUUUAUUUAAAAAGAAACGGAAGAUUUGGUUUAAUAUGGUUAGCAGCAACUCAGACUCGAGUGCUUACAAAAAGAGAACUACAUGUUGUUAACAUAUCAGCCACAUGCUCUGAUAUACUUGAGCAUAUCACUGGCUAUAGUUCAAAAGAAACGUACAAACGCCCAAAACGAUUUUCCCUCUAUCUGUCAUCACAGCUUAUGUACGGAUCUGUUAUAGUUCUCAACAAACAAUGGGAAUUUCUUCUAGCUGAAGUUUCAGCUUUGUUGCGCAGAGUUCAUCCAGAAAAUGUCACAGGAGAAAUUGAUCUUGUUGUAUCCAGUAAACAUGACAUAUCUACCUUGGAAUCCUGUGUUCCUCUGAGUAUUAAAGAUAAGCAUUAUGAUCCCUUUUUUGGUGUCAACAAAGAAUCUACUGUAGAUGUUGAUAGACUUCUGGAAUCAUGGGAUAGAAAUUUUACUAAACAUAUGGAUAUGCAGCUUUUGGACUUUCCAAAACUUAUUAAACCAGAACUUGGCAGCCCUCACUCAGUGUCUGAUCCACUAGAAAUUCAAAUCAGUGACAAACAUAUUCAAGAUCUCAGCCCUAUGUUGCCAGGAGAGCAAGACCUUCCAGCACUAGAUUAUGAGAACCUGCUAUUACUGCAGCACUCUAGUGAGGAGAUAUUUUUAUCUUCAGAUGAAAGUCCAGGGACAGUAGUGCGUUCCCCUGCCGCUUGUUUUACUGGAACUAGCCCUAUGAUAGAGCGGCACAGGUCUACCAAUGAGUUAACACCAUCAGUUAAGGCAGGAGGAGAGCUUCCUGAAACACCACAGAAAAAAAAAAAGCGUCACCAUUCACCAGACAGAAAGAAAGGACCAAAAGGAGGUGAUGCUGAUACUAGUUUGCCAUGGCAGGAAGAAUUAGUCAUGAGACCAACAUCUGAAGGUGCCGGUAACAUGCUUGAUAGUACGAUUCUAGAUGUGACAGAAGCUGUUUCUCCGAUUGCUCGUUUAACUCAUGACUGGUUACAGAAGGAACUGCCCAUUCUUCAGUUGACUCCCCUGUUACCCAGACCCAGCCCAGCCAGAAAACGGAAGCCUAGCAAAGUAAUUCUUGAUUCAAAAAUUCAACUUCAACGUUCGGAAAUGAAAAAUAACAUGCUGACUGCAUCAGAUACAACUAUACCAUUGACUUAUUCAGAGCCUCCAGAGAAAGAAUACAUGAAAAAUAUUGGCAGUUUAAUAUUUGACAAUCCUUUGGUACUUCCACUUUGGACAAAAGGCUGCAAAUUUGGUAUAUUAACUUAUGAAACUGAAUCAGAAUCUUCCUCCUUUACCAGUCCAAUACCUAGAGCAACUGGUACGAAAAGAAAAUUAAGCCCUAACGAUUCACCUGAGGAAGUAGUUGCAAAGAGAAAAAGUUCUACAAUUUUUCAUUUGACAAGUUCAUCCAUUGAACAUCAGAGGGCAGCAACAUCAACUUCAUUAGCUGGAGAAGACAGAAGUCACUCAAUUGUAGCGCUGUCUGGUGAUGAGUCUUUGACAACAAGUGCAAGAAAAAGUAAAUCUCCACUAAGAGACCAGGCAUUCUCCUCUAUAGCUGAACAAGGAUUUGUAACUCUACCAAGUCUGCAAGAAGAACAUGAAGCUUUACUUUCCCCACCAGCUCUCCCGCCAGAAGAUAUAACUGUUGAAGAACUCCCUAGAGCCAGCUUACGAAUCAGUCCCUCUGCAGAAUUCAUGAAAUGGUACAAAACAAAUGAAGACAAAUCCAAAGCUCCAGUAACAUUUAAGAAACUAUACCCACCAACAUCAACCUCCAGAUUGUUGGCUGCUAAAAUGUUUAUGGAAUUGCUCAUUCAUGCUGCCUUAAUGAAAGUCAAAGUAUUCCAAGAAAUUCCCUAUGGAGACAUCUUCAUCACGGAGGUGAAAAAUGUAGGAUGACCUUGAGAACUGCAAACAACAAAACCUAUAUGCUCCCUGGUUUUAGCAUCAGACUGAGAUAAGAGACUCGUGCCAAUUAAAUAUAUGCAAAGGAUUUCGACACUUUUUAUUUAAUCUAUAGUGUUUAGUUUUCAUGUUCUAUUGUCUGGCCCUUGAUAGUUUAUGACUUUUGUGGGUUGACAUUUACUGAGUUAUUGCUCUUUGUUAAUGUUUUUACACUUUUGUUGGAAAAAAAAACAGUUUAAAAUGUUUUUUCUAGUUGCUCUUUUGUUUUUCUACAUGUUUCUAAUGCCAAUGAAACAAUGUCUGUAAAUAUAUCUGCAUCAUAUUGUUUUAAUCUUAGUGUUAUUCUAAUGUACUUUAACUCCUUAAAUUAUCUCCAUCUCAUAUCUAUAAACUUAAAUUCCUUUUAGUUGACUCCAGCGCUGCAACAGUGACACAAUUACAUUAUGAAUUACAUUUCAUACAGGUUAUUAUUCUGUUAUGUUCUAAAAUACAGACUGAGCUCUCUACACAUGUAUUCUAACAAAACUGGUUUACUAGUUGUACAUAUGUACCUAUUACAAUAUUGGAAAAAUUGUUAUAUGUACAUGUGUACAUAAAAUAGAUUAAAAAUCAAUCAUGCAGAUUACAUAAUUAUUUAGUUUGAUUUAUGAAAUUUCACACUUCAUUUAUUCAAAACAUGUAAAAAAAAAAAAAAAAAAAAAACCUCAUAUUCCUAAAUUUCCAUUUUACAUGUAAAUUAAAUACAUUUUGAAGAAAAUUGUACAAACAUUUUUAUUGUUGAAUUUAUUUUGUGAAGUAUUACAUUUGUAUUCUAAUUUCAAAGAAAUUUUUAUGCUGUCUUUGCUUGUUUUGCACUUAUAAUGUAAAUUCAAGUUAUUGUAAAAAAAAAUAUUAUUUUGCUAAAUUGUAAAAAAAAAAUAUUAUUUUGCUAAAUUGUAAAAAAAAAAUUAUUUUGCUAAAUUGUAAAAAAAAAAGUGUGUGUGUGUAAAUGUCUUCAUGCAGUAGCUUGAAUGAAAUAUACUUGUUAUGUAUCUUUAAAAUUAUCUCUGGAAUAUUUGAGGCGUAGAGCUAACAACUUGUCAGGCAAAAAGGAUAAAUUGUUUUAAAACUUAGCUCUGGUGUGCUCUGCAACACAGAAUCAUGUGAUCAUUUUAACCUAGGAUCUCUUGAAUAUUGAUGUAAGAUAACAAUCCCUCCUACCAUAAAUAAUUUUUACUAUUUAGGAACCUAUUUUAUAUGUAUUAAUAUUCUGUUGGUGCCAUAUUUUUUAUCAUUUAUACUUUUAUAAUGUUUAUCAUUAAAAAACAUUUUUUAUUUGUUUUUUUUGUGAAACUAUUUUUGUUAAUGACUUAUUUUUAUAAAGUUUAAGUCUCUUUCGUUUUAUAAAAAAAAAAUUCAUUUUUUUGGUAAUGUUUAUAAAAAUGUUGAAUAAAAAGAACGUUAACAUCUCUAUGUUUGUAAUCUCUGAUGUUACUGCGUACAUUUUACACAUCACUAAAUGAUGACCACACUCAACUUUUGUGCUUCAAUUUAUAAAAGCUAAGAAAAUUAUUAAUGCAAUGAGACAGUUUUUAGUAAUGUAUUUAGUUGUCAAUUAAACUGAUGAAGUUUUUGUUUCUUUUUCUUGGCAUGCUGUUGGGCCACCAGUGUUGACUCUUGGGGACAUUUAUUCUGCCUUAUUUUGUGGCUUUUUUCUUAACAAGUGGAAAGAUUCCUUCAACAAACACUUCUUUCUUUACUUCAUUCUGAUCUGUCAAUUGUUCUCUUAACCUGAAGACGUUUUUAAAUGACAGACUCUUUGAUGUACAUUUGUGUCUUCAUUACUUUCUUCCUUCAUUCAUUUCACUUCUUGGAGGGAUGUUGUAAGACUACAGGUAAAUGACCCUAAAAAAUCUGGGCUUUUAAAUUGGGAAGU